AUGACAUCUGAUCUGGUUAGUGAGGUUGAUGUGACUGAUCUACUAGAUAGUUUAUUCAAAGAUGUAAGGAUUUCAGAACCAACAGAGGUUGACACUGACCUACGACUAUAUCCCGAGAUUAUUUUACAAAAGUCAGAAAAAGGAAACAAGCUUUAUGCCUCGUUCCAAAGGUACUCGCCCCAGUUUAUCAAAGAUGGAACCGAUAGGAAUCAGGUGUUGCGAUGGCGAGACUCAAAUAUCGAAUCGGCACAACGAAUAAUACUUGACAGCUGGAUAGCACAAAAUUCAGGCGUGAACUCAACUUCAAACAAGGACAGUUCCAAACUUCUGAAAUCAAUAUCGACUACUGGUCGAGCCAAUAAGCUUUUUGUCUGGUCAUCGAGCGAUUCCUACAUUGAGGAGAAAAAGAGGCUAUUGCAACUACGUAGGGGCUUGGAGGGUAAAGCCUCACAAUCACAUAAACCAAAUAUUCCAAACGAAGAUAAGCCUGUUGAAACAGAUGCAAAAUUAGAAGGUCUACAAAAGCAGUUGCAUUUAAAAUUGACGUUAAAUAAAGUAAACAAUACGUUAUCGAAAAAGAUUGAAAUUGAAGCCAAUAAAUUUAUUCAUGCUCGAAUACAAAAAAUACGCAAUCACCAUAGUGAACAAAUGAUGAAACAAAUCAAUGACCGGAAAAGAAAAGAUCAUGAGGUGUACUUGCAACGACUAAAGUUAAAGGAGGAGGAGUACGAAAAAUCUUUACGACAAGAUCAAGAUAAUGGCAGUAGUACGAAGAAACUGAAUUUUUUCGGCACUUUAUUUGGCCUUAGCGGCGGUGCUGUAUCGCCAAUAAGUGAGGUAGAUAGUCCUACCGAGCCAUCAAAUGGCAGCACAACUACCCCUAAAAGCAACACGAAGUCAUCAAAGAAUAAACGCAUGACUUUAUUUGGCAUGCAAUCGUUGUUUUCGAGUGGCAAUACAUCCAAAAAACGACUGGAUAAGACUACUAUGUUUGAUGCAGAAGAACAGUCCGACACGCAAUCAAUGGCUGAUUCUAACCUUGACCACUCGGUGAUAUCUGCAAGUGAAGAACCAGAAGAAACAGAGUCCGUCAACUCACCGUCAAUUGAGGAUUCUGGACAGCCAGCAAAUACGGAAACCCAAGAGGUAGCUACACCUAUAUUUAAUGUCGAUGAACUUGCGUCAUUAGAGUUGAAGCGAUCGCCGCAAAAAUCAAAUGGCUCAGACACAGCUACAUCUAGAGGGAUACCACAAAGCAGAGGCACGAGAAGAGAAGACGAGUUUGACGAUGAAUUUACCGAAUUCACUACUGCUACAUCUGCAGACAAUCUGAAUCCAACAUCACCACAUCCUCCUCGACCCCCUUCUUCUUCUGCACUGAUGCCUAAAUUGUCACACAACUUCUUUUCCGUAGAGAAGGCAAAUGCCAAUGCUACACCUGCAAUUUCGGGUAAUGAGUUGAUUGAUUUAUUUGAAACACAUGAGCUGAGACCUACUUCUCCGGAACUUAACUCGCCAGCUCGUCCCCCAUUGCAGAAUAAUUUGGAUAACUUGUUAGAUUUGUAG